GCUCAGGCAACUAGGAAAGGGAGGGAGAAAGAAAGAGGGAGAGGAACCCAUUUGCUCUGAGAUGCAGACUGAGGUGGAUGGAGAAGGAGGUUGCUGCUCAGCUGGCUACUGGCAUAAGCUGCUGGGAGACAUCAUUUGACUGCUACAGAUCUGUUUGCUUGGAAGCCACUUCACAUUUGGAGGUAAAAGGAAAACCCCAUAAGGUGUUCUAAUUUGUUCAUCCUUAAAGGUUGGAGAGUUUGGAGAAAUAGAAGAGAAUUAAGGUUGUUUUCUGGAAAAUAAUUCAUAGCUAAAAGUCUGCAAUUGCUCUUGGAGAAAGGGCAAAUGCUACACCCACACUUGGGACAACCUGUCUCUGUGCUGCAUUCAAGAUCUUUCUGGUCAAGUAGGAGAAAGGAUUUGUGUGCUAAAACACUCUAGACAUUAUACCCACCCUUUCUUUCUUGAUGAAGUAACCAAAGCAUUCAAAAUCAUAGAGUGUUUUCUUUUAUCUUGAGUUGGAUCCAAUGACUGAGCUUUACUCUUAAUCCCUGACUCGCACUCAAAAAGUAUAAGGAAGGGAAUUCCAAAAUGCUACAUGCCACCUUAUUGCAAUCCUGCCUCCCAUCUCAGUCCAGCUCUUCUGGAGGAAGCAAAGCAACCCAAAAUCCACAUGGUUUUAAGACGCCCAUGGCAGACUCUGCAGAGAUCUACAACUGCUUCGGGAAGCUGCAAGGCAAGGAGAAAGCAAGCCAUCCCAGCUAUCAGAAAGUUGAAACAAAUCGUCCUGGAAACCCAAAGGAUCAAGAGAUGAAUGGACCACCAGGAGAAGAAUCUUGGAGGGCCAACAAGAAUCUGCCACUCCCACUCCAAAGAGAUGACAUUGGGUUGGCAUCAGGAGAUGGGUGCCCCGUGACUAAAGACUCUCCAACGUCUUCCAGUUUGCUCCAUUCUGGGUUUGGCAAACCAGGUGACCAAGGUCAAGAAUGGAAGGUGGUAAAAGUUAAACGCGUCCUUAUUUCUCCUGUUGGUGAGCCCAGGAAACCAAAUAUUUCAAGAAGUGCAAGUCUCUCUGAAAAAGAGCUGAAGGAGGCCAAAGCCAGGAGCCAGAGGAUUGCUGCCCAGUUGACCACCCCACCCAACCCCAACUCCAAAGGGGUUCUCCUGUUUCACAGGCGCAAGCAGCGAGUGAAUGCAUUCACCUUAGAAACCCCAAAAGCCACUGUCAGAGAAGAAGUACCUGCUGCUGACUCCACCUGCAGAGCUGUUACUCAACACCACAGCAUCCCGAGUUAUGGGAAAGAGACACAUUGGAAGCAGAUCUUAAGAGACAACCGAGGGGUCAAAGGUAGUUUACCUGGCACCAAGGAUCCUGGGUUGUGGGGGCAAAAGAGCACCAUGGAAAACAUACCUGGGUUAGAGACUCUAGAUAAUAUGCAGAACCCUCAGAGAAAUACAAUUAAAAGUGAGGAGAGCCUUUCCACAAUGAACACAACAUUGUCUUCUGAAGAAACUUCACUUGAAGAAUUUCAGCAAAUUCCUCUUAGUGUCUACCUAAAGGAGAAUACAGGGAUGGCCUCAACCAAUGGAAUGCAAGAGCUUUUUACUAAUGAGAUUGGAAAAGCACCUGAUAACCAACACCCCCUAGUCAUGAGCAAUAUAGAAUAUAUAUCACCGAUUGUUGAUGACUUUGUUGUGCCUGCCACUGACAGUGAGAAUAACAGUACAAUUCUUGGAAAAGAGCUGUAUGUACCAGAGGCAGACAGUGAAAAUAAUGUUCUUGCGAAAGAGCCAUAUUUACCGGUUGUUGACAGUGAGAAUAAUAGUCAUACCCCCAUCAAGGAGUCACAUGCACCUAUUAUUGACAGGGAGAACAAUAUCAUUAUUGAGAAGUUGGGGAGUGAAACAGUUCUUGACAGGAAAGAGAAUGGAGAGAUUCUCUGCAAAGACCAGAAUGUGGCAAUUGUUGCUGUUGAGAAUGCUUUUCCUAUUGCUGACACUGAGAAGUCCAUUCUAAUCACCGACUUGCAGCCCAGUGAAACUCAAACUCACACUACUAAUAAACAGUAUUGUGAAGUACGCUUGACUUUGUCUAAACCAAAUCCCGUGAAGAACCGAACUGCAAGACCAUUUGGGACACAGUCUUUGAUAACAACCCACACACCAGAGGAGAAGAGCCCUGUGGUGGAAUUUCCUCCACCACCCACCUAUGCAGAAACUUUUUCCAGCCCUCCUCCAGUAACGAGAGUCAGGUCUCCUCCAGCCUAUUCAGCACUGUAUCCCAGUGAAGAACAGAAAGUCUCUGUUCCCCAAGAAGUUGAGCGUGAAGACAGCAGGCCAGGACCUCUGCCGGGAGAAAACAGAGAACCACCUCCAGCUAAAACAGGCAUCCUUGAAGAAUCUGUGGCCCGCAGAUCAGCCAAAAAGUCUAUGUUCACCUUUGUUGAGAAGCCCAAAGUGGCCCCAAAUCCAGAUCUUUUGCACUUAGUCCAGAGAGCAGACAGUAGGAAAAAACAAAGAGGACAAGGAGGAGUAAUUGCUGAGGAUGAACCAUUUGCUUUGGGAGCAGAGGCCUCCAACUUCCUUUCUGAAAUCCGAUCAGUAGAUGGGCCCCUUCAGGCUCCUGCAGAUAAUAAUAAUGCACCAGAGUGGUCUUCAUGUUUAAGGUCACCAAGAAUACAACCCAAGGCUAAGAUCAAGUCCAACCAAGGCCUCUCAGAGGCAAGAGGAAAGGGGGCAGAACUAUUUGCUAAGAGACAGUCCAGGAUGCAGAAGUAUGUUGUGGAGUCCCCAUCACAGCCAGAUAUUACCAGGUCACCUUCGCCUACCAUUUCCCUCCCUCCCUCAUGGAAAUAUGCCUCAGAAAACCAUCUGUCCCCUAUAGCCUUCCCCCAGCCCCCACCCAGAAGUCCAGCCAGAUCUCCCAAAGUUUCUCAUGUACCUCUCUACCACAGCAACAUGUCAGAGAGUGAGCUCUCCAAAAAGGAGCUGGAAAUCUCCAAGCAACAGCCAUACCAGACUCAGUCUUCCUUGUUCAUCCUUUCUCCAGUCAAAGAUCCAGUGAGGUCUUUACCAAAAGCUGCACCACCACCAAAGCCUGUGGUUCCUGAACUCAGUUACAUGAGGCAGGCUUCUUGCCCAACAUAUCCCUUGCCGCCUUCUCCGAUUUUGCAUCCAUCUGCCCAGUCAAGUCCAAGUACAUCAUUUCCUAGCUAUUUUGGCCCCUCAACUGGGACUAUGUUGGUGCCUCAGAACAUCAGAACGAGCAUCGAAGUGUCACCAGAGCCUUCCUUUGAGUACUCUUCUAGGAUCUUGUCACCAAGAGCUAAAGGGGUCUUCCAAGCUCCAAGGCCUUCUUAUUCCACCAGGAAUGCAGGGAUUGAGCCUCAGGAAAGAAAGGCGUCCCUGCCUGCUUCCCCCACAUGGACUCCACGGGUCCUGCGACGACAGACCAGCAGUUUAGAUGGCUGGGUGAGCCCAGCGCCUCCUUCUGAGCCUGAGGAGGGGCUCCUAGAUGCCUUCCGAGCAGCCAGCAUCACGAGCCCACCUCCCCCCAUGUCUCCCUCAUGGAGUGAAAGAUCUCUGUCUCCAUUUCGUCAGGAGACAGAUCCCAAGUCCAGCCGUCAGAUGCAGGUUUUGCUGGCCAGAAAUAUCAUCAAUGCUGCCCGGAGGAAAAGCUCCUCUCCCAAAGCUACAAGGGUAGAAAGUUUCCGGCCUUUCACCCCUCCUGCCACUUCUGCCAACAUGCCGUCCUCAGGCGGCAGCCCUAAGAGUGUGGGUAACCAUUCCCCAAGCCCACUGCAGUCUCCCAGGCCAGUGAGGAUGGAAGGAUACAGACGUGUUUCCCUCCCUGUCUCCACAGCUCCUCCACCGAUCAGUGCAUCAUCAAACAACAGCCCCAGGUUGCUAGGCAGCCAAUCACCAACCUAUAAAAGCCCACUACAGUCUCCAAAAGCAGUGCGAAUGAAUGGCAACAAGUACUUCACUCUCCCAGCCAACACUGGGGCUUCUCUCUUCAAUGCAGCAACAUCCAACAAUGGUCCAAGAGCAGUGGGCCCCCAUUCUUUCUCCCACAGGGAUCCAAAACACACAAUCAUGGAUAGUCACAGAAUCUUCACAGCACCAGCAAACACGAGCAGAAAAUCAUGUCCCAGUCCAAAGAAUGUGGACAUCUGCUCCCCAACUAUCACCAGCCCCCUGCAGUCUCCCAGAGUGAGAGCACAUUCCCCAGUGAAGCGUUAUACAUCCCUGUCGCCCACCAACUCAGACGUCUCCCUUGACUCUGAAGACUCUGGGAUCAAGUCGCCCAGUAUUCGCAGCUUCAACAUUUGCCCUCGAGGAUGGAAUGGAAGCCUGAGGUUGAAGCGGGGCAGCCUUCCUGCAGAAGCACCCUGUUCCUCCUAAAUGUGGGAUAACAGAAGUGAACCAGAAACCAGUCCCACUAAACAUGAUGAAGUCUCCAGAGGAAGAUGCUGGAUCUCCAAAGAUGUCAUACCUGUCCCCAGCCUGUCAUUUUGUGGGAGAACUUAGAAGAAAAAGAGUAAAACUGGUCUAUUUGUGGGAAAGACUUCUCAUAGCAGACUUGCCCGAAGCAGAAAGAAAUGUGACUGACAUUGUAUUCCAGCACAAUAUAUUUCCAUAGGGACCCUUAUAGUUUCUUCCCGCAUUGCUACAUUUGCUUGUGUAUUUGGCUUUCAUGAGCUCCAGUUGACCUAUCUCCACUGGACUGGAGCCACUAGAGACAUCCUUGCUCAAAGGAGAUUAAUACAGCUUUGACUGUUUUUGUUCUCUCUCUAAAAUAUCCUGUGAGAAGAGAACAAUCACACACACACACAGAGGGAAGCAUGCACAGACACAGACCCGCAGCAUAAUCCCCAGCAGACUGUCAGCAAAAGGCCAGGAGGCAAGGCCUGUGCCAACUUUGUGCCUGCCUUUCAUUUUAGUUGUCACUGUUUCUCCUUUACUCUGAUGGAGCCACAAGGCCUUUCUGUCUCCACUCCAGCUGCCUGGGGGAAUGAGUAGAGUGUGAAAAACAGAGGGAAAGAAGCCCACUCUGCAACUUUCUUUGCAUGAUUCUUCUAGAUACAAGGCUUGGCUUUAUAUUGAUCAGGGGUUGGCAAAGUGUGGUGCUAGGGCUCCAUUCAGCCCCUUUUACAUAUAUAUAAGUCAUAGAGGGUCCUGCACCGUUCAACAUUUUUUAAACCCAGUUGGAAUAUGGCAAAUACCAUGUGUUAAGACAAGUUCAAAGAUCUGGCAUCCCUCAGAAAAACAUCCUCUUUAUCGUGAGGAGAGGGGCUUGCUCCAACAGAGGACAGAUCUGAAAUUUGCUUGUAUGCCAGUUUUCUGGGAUUAUUUCCCUAACUUCACUGCAGCAACUAUUUAAUCAGUAGCACAGGUUGAAAUACAGAUAUUUUAAGUUGAGAAGAAUCAUAAACAACAUAUUACUGGACUAUACAUCUUGUUGAGGUUCUGACCAAUUUACCAGGCACUACUGACUCCCCCGGCUCCAACUGUCAUUAUACAUACGAUUCUUAUAUUCAUGAUACUGAAGAGAAGGAUGGGUCUGCCUAUUAAAGAUCUUCUAAGCCUCUUAGAUUUAAAUAUCCCAAAGAUACCAGAUCCUGUCUGAUCUUGGAAGCUAAGUAGGGUCAGCCCUGGUUAGUACUUGAAUUAGAGUAUUUCAGAGAAAAGAAUUGGCAAACUAUCUCUGAGUAUUCACUGACUCAGAAAACCCUUUGAAAUGUAUAGGUUUGUUGUAAGUUGCCUUGUGACUCGAAGGCACAUACAUAUGCACAAGUGUUUUAGAGUUUACCCAGUGUAAGACAGCAAUACAAAAAGAAGUAAAGUUCAGUGAUGUUCCUCCUGAAGUGGUUGAAGAAAAGAGUCUUAGUGUAAGUAAUGGUCCUAUCAAUGUGCCCAGUUUACUUAAGAACUCCAAAAGGACCAUGCUUAUAGCUGAAACACUGGUAUAUAACAUAAAUAUACACUUUCUUUAGUAAGAGUUCCCACAAAGUAGAAAGGUUGGUAUGUGAUAUGAUUGCACUCCUUUGAGACUCACUUUCACUGCUUUGCUUUGUUCUUUCCAUUUUCUAUCAGUGCUGAAAGACCUGCUAAUGAUCAACUGCCCUUUCUUAUCUGCUUUGUCUUGAUGAAGCCACAUCUCAAAUAUUGCAAUCCAGACCCACCCCAUGUUCCCUUUUGCCUGUAUGUUGGGUGAUAUGGUAUCAUGUAACAACUGAUGCUCCAACUGGCAUUAGCAAAGUCUGUAUCAUGUUAUUGCAUAGUGGCCAUAUCAGGUGUUUCCCCUAAGUUACCCUUGAUCAUCCUCUAUUUUUAUCCCUGUAACCUUUAGAGACAAGGAUGUAGAUUCAGUCUUAAUGCAAGGUGAGCCAGAAAUCAUGUAAUGAUGUGCUCUCAACCCCAUCUUUGUUUUGUUCUAAUUUAUGUGGGAGAUCAAACGGUGUGCAUGUGUGUGGAGGAGUUCAAGCUAUGUUUUCCCCAUAAAUAUUCUGGUGCAAGUAAGCCAAGCUGAUCACAUGGUAGCAACAUUGCAUUGAUUUCCCAGUUCUGCUUCACAAGCUCCAGCUGGGAAACAAAGAGAUGGAAGAUGUGAUAAGUAACCAGAGUCUAAAUCCUAUUUCUACUCCUGAUUAGAGUUUAUCCAUUUAAUCCAUUGGAUUUACCUAUGUGUUGCAUUGUUCUUCAACUAUUGAUUAAAUGAGUCUAUUUUAGGAGAGAUAAACCAACAGGAAGUUGAGUGUGCCAAUCUGGCAUUACUGGAGCCAUGUGGACAUGCUGGAUAUUAUUGGGAAUGAAUAUGAUUUUGGUUUUUAAAACUAGAGCAUAAUGCUAGAACAGGUAUGAGCAAACUUCAGCACUCCAGGUGUUUUGGACCAACUCCCACAGUUCCUAACAGCUGGUAAGAUGGCUGGGAUUUCUGGGAGUUGAAGUCCAAAACACCUGAAGGGCCAAAGCUUGCCCAUGCUUAUGAUAGAACUUAUGGUCUUCUACAGAAGCAGUAUAGGACAGGUGAACUGUCUGUCUCCAUACAACAUAUAAUUAAGCCACCAUAAGAUGAACUGGUAGUUGGCAACCUGGACAGCUUUAAAAAGCAACUCGACAAAUUCAUGGAGCCUGAGUAUAUCUGUGGUCACUACUCCUUCCAGCACCAUUAUUACUGGCUGGGGAAUGCCAGCAAAAGAGUGUGGUUAUGCUUUUGUCCUGUUUGUAGCUGCCCAUAAGUUGGACAUGAUGUAAACAGAUCUUGAAGGAUACAGGCCUUUAGUUUGCUUCAGUAUGACUCUCCUUGUGUUUUUAUGAGUUUGCAAAAACAAGGGGCGUGUUUAUAAUUGUUGCAUUGUAUGAAGAAGGCCACAGGUUUAGUUCCCUGGAUGGGAAAGAUUCCUGUGUGUGAAAUUCUGGAGAGUUGCUGCCAGGUGGUUUGGACAGUUGAGCUAAAAGAAAAACUAGUGGUCUCAGUUGCUCCCAAAUUCAUAUGUAAUAUGGAAGCUCCAAGCAUUUUGCUGAGAAGAUCAGCCAAUGGGACAUGGUCAUUUUCUCUGAAGGCUGCACUGAUAACAGCCUUGACCAAACACUCACUGGUACUUCUAUCCGUUGCCUCUUGCUUUUAGGGAAACAUUAUUGGGUGGGAUUACAGCUCCCAGAAUAUUUAAGCCACCACAACCAUUGGGCCUCAAGACAAAAAGGUAGCUUAUGAAGUCAUUUGGGUAUGGCUGUGAUUGGCCACGGAAGAAAUUCAUAAGCAGGAAAGUCAAGAUUUUGCUACUGCAGGGACAGGCAUCCUAUCCUAGACUCAGCACCAUUUGACCACGGAAAGGACGAUGUAAGAACAUCCAGUGCUAGAAAAUUUGUUUGCUCUCCUGCAGCUGUUUGGCUUCUAAGGCGUAGAGGUUAAACAGAUCCCUUGCCUCUGCUCUGGUUUCACUGGAGGAAUGGCAAGGGAAAGAAGAAUAUCGCAUACUGAAUCCCACAGUGAGGCCUCUUGUUGUGAGUGAUUGGUCAAAGUGAUACAUUUCAGUCCACAGGCAGGGAGCAUAUGGUGCAUCAAGUGCCGCUCUCAGAUAGCCAUCUGCUGGGCAGUCAGUGUGUCCUUGGGGAAGUAGACACUUGAGGGUGGGGUGGGGGUUGGAAUGAGGAGGAGCAGAAGAGCAAGGAAAAGCUGAUAGUGCCCUCUAGGGAUUCAAAGCAUGCAUUGAAGGGUUUUAGUUUUAAGAAGAGCAUUGUGGAAAUGUGUUUAUGGCCUUUUCAGACUACACAAUUACAGUGUUAUAAAUCCAUUUAACUGCUAGGGCAACAUCCCAUGCAAUCCUGGAAAGAUUACUCAGAACUCUCAGCCAGAGAGCAAUAGUGCCUCACUACAAGCUACAGGAUGCAGUCCUGACAGAGUGGAAUCAUAAUGUUAUAACCAUGCAGUGUGAAAGGACCCUAAGGAAAAUCUGAACAUAAAAACAAUGCUGGUUGAUUUGGCUUCUCAGAUAGUCAACGUUUGGUAAAGUUGUAUUUUUGGACAACAACUGACUGAAUUCACAGGCUCUGGCAGAGAAGAGUCAGUCCCAGGGAAUGAGGAGUCCCUAUUUAGUAAGUGAGGGGAAUGUUACAUGUCAUUGAAUGUGUGAGAAAGAGGUCCCAAUCUGGGUGAAAGUGCUGUUUUGAAAAACAAAAAACCUUGGAGCUGUAAAAAAAGACCACGUAUGUCUGCUUUCAACUAAAGAGGGAACUUCUUAAAUAAAGCAAAUAUAUAUGUAUAUUUGAGGUAAGGUUCACCCGUCUGUGUUUCCAUUGAUGGCACUUACACAGGCCUCAAUGUGGAAAGUAAAAAUGGUCUGAGCCAAAGAAGGAGGACAUGGUGCUAGCCAGGGCUUUCAGGAGUUGCAGUGCAGCAAUAUUUAGUGGACCACAAAGUCAAUCACAUGACAUGAAACAAUCUUUGAGACAAAGCUUUAUGAAGCUGCACUUAAUUUCCAAAAGCUGAGAAAAUAGCAAACCCUAAGAAAGGUUAUAAUGGGUGCAUAGAGGAGGGAGGGGUUAAUAGUGUCUGAUUUAUCUUUUUCCUUCCUGGCAUUACAUCAUUCAUUUCUCAUUUUCCCAUGUGAUGCCUCCUCUGAGUGAACCAAAGGACUCGUUUUCAUGUGCUGGUUGCCAUCACCUAGCCCUGAUGUGUGUAAACUUCACUUUGUCAAUUGGUUUUAAUUUCAUUUUUUAUGGAUGAUCAUUUCAGAAUCCCUCAGACGUCGUGAUCACUAGCUAUGUUGGUUGGCAAAUUCUGGAAGUUACAGCCCAAAAAGCCAGUAUCUUCAUGCUGUGCCUUAUUUCUGCUGUCAGAUAAUUCCUCUUACUCUGAGGAGAUAAUAUAGCAGAUAAAAAAGGAGAAGAAGUAUGUUUAAUGCCGAUAAAAUAAUUAAUUGAAGAUGAAAGAAAACACAAAAUACAGAGUCCUUCUUUCAGCAUUUCAUAGUGUGAUUGCAUUGGUCAUACUUAAUUCCAGUUUUACCACAAACUAUGAAAUCAACAAACAUCAAGCGGUAGGGAUUUGUGUGCAGUAUCAUGUUAUUCAUCUCCUUAACAUGCAAAUAAUCCUGCUAAAUCAAGUUGUAGAUUUCGUCCUGGAUUGAACAGGAAGAACUGUUCCUCAUUCUAAAUGAAACAUGAUAAGAAGCAGAUGGUGAGGUACAGUUUUUCAAUAUUGUAAGGGAGAAAACCCUUUAUAAUAUCAAAAUAUUCACCCACAAAAAUAAAUCCUCUUAAUGGUUUCAGAUACAGUAUGUAGACAUAUAACUAUUAUGCAUAAUCUCUAACAAGACUGUUACAUCGAUUACCAUAUCUAGGUUGUUCAUACAAUUAAUGCAAGUUGUUGGACAGACUGGUAUGAAAUCUCUUUUUCUGUGGUUAUUUACUGGAGUAAGAGAAUUUGUCUGGUUACUAGAUCACAGCUUGGAAAUGUAACUUUUAGCAGUACAAUUUGCAGAAUUUCUCAGCUAGAAAAGCCAUUAGCAAUGUAGGUAGGGAAGGGAGUUAUCCAAAAAAAGUAACUUUUGCAAGCUCUGUAUCACUUAAGCUGCAUUUCACAGAAACAUGACCUGCCUAUAAAGUUACAAAGUAAAUUAACCAGGGAUCACUUGGUUGUUUCUGUACUUCCAGUGUGACUUCCAGUGUUACUCUAGACAUGUCUACUCCAAUAUAAAUACCACUGAAUUCACCAGAGCUUACUCUUGGGUAAGGGUGUUUAGGAUUGGACCUUAAAUUAUUAAUACCCCAGCUCCGUGCUUCUAAAUGAAAGGUCACAUCUUCCAUGCAUGCAUCUGGAGUCAAAUUUCACAGCCAAGGCACAUAGAAGUCUUAAGUCUUGAGAGAUCCCAGAAAGCUGGAUUUAUUGCCACUGUUUCAAUGAGCAAAAUGGUUUCACAGUUUACAAGUGCUUUUACAUACAGGGCAGAUGUACAAUGUCAGUAAAUAUUGCUGACUCUCUGGGAAUGUCUCCCAGAACACAAUGAAUAAGCAGAAGGCAGUAUUGUUAUCCCAGCUGUAAUCAGAGCUUAAUUCAUCAGAAACACCAAGGAACUCCUCCAGGAAAAAACAUGUUGUCAAUUAACUAUUGCCAAGUGUUUCACUUACGUAGAAGAGUAUUUGUGACUUUUUGUUCCACAUGAAGUUUUUAUUCAUGCUGAAUGUCUAUAACUGAGAACAUACUGGGCUCACACUGUAUCCACACCAGGUUCUGUUUGCAUUAGCACUUUGCAACACACCUUUGUAUAACAAGCUCCAGAAUAAAACCAGAAAUUAGCCAAAAGAA